GUCGGUGUUAAAUUAAAAAAAAUUGUUUUUCAUAAGAAGAACAAAACUUCUAAUGCAUAUAAACUCAAUAAUUUAGCUCAAAUGGUAUAAACGCUAACAGCAAUUUGCUAACUCGUGAGUUCAAUUCUUCCCGCAAGCGUUUUCAUCGCUAAUUAUCAAAAAAUAGAAAAUGAAGAAUCCAAUACCCAAUUCCAUCUCUAACCUUCAGACAUGGUUCAGUAAAUACUUCGACAAGUCCAAUGUCUUCUCAUGGAACUCACUCAUUGCCGAGUUGGCUCGUAACGGUGACUCAACCGAGUCUCUCCGAGCUUUCUCUUCAUUGCGGAAGCUCGACCUUCAACCAACUCGCUCUACUUUUCCUUGCGCAAUCAAAGCAUGUUCGUCUCUGCUUGAUCUUAACUCGGGGAAACAAACCCAUCAACAAGCGUUGGUUUUUGGGUUCGAGUCAGAUCUCUUUGUAUCAUCAGCUUUGAUUGUUAUGUAUUCGAAAUGUGGCCAAUUAUGUGAUGCGCGCAUACUGUUCGACGAAAUUCCUCACAGAAAUAUUGUGACGUGGACGUCUAUGAUUACUAGCUAUGUCCAAAAUGACAAUGCCCGUGAAGCGUUAUUGUUAUUUAAGGAGUUUUUGAUUGAAGAUAGUGAAAGAAAUGGCGAUAAUGCCGAGGUUUUUAUGGAUUCGGUUGCUAUGGUUUCGGUUUUGUCUGCGUGUUCUCGUGUUUCCGAGAAGGGAGCGACUGGGGGUGUUCAUGGUUAUGUGGUGAAGAGGGGAUUGGAUAAAGAUGUGGGGAUUGAGAAUACUUUGUUGGAUGCAUAUGCGAAAUGCGGUGAAGUGGGUGUUUCUAGAAAGGUGUUUGAUGGUAUAGUUGAGAAGGAUGCUGUUUCUUGGAACUCUAUGAUUGCUGUUUAUGCACAAAAUGGCUUAUCCAGUGAAGCUUUUGAAGCUUUUCGUGGAAUGAUAAUGGAUAGUUGUGUUAAAUACAAUGCGGUUACUUUAUCUACUUUGUUGUUAGCUUGUGCACAUUCUGGAGCUCUUCGUUUAGGGAAAUGCAUACAUGAUCAGGUAAUAAGGACGGGAUUGAACAACGUGAUUGUGGGCACGUCUCUAAUAGAUAUGUAUUGCAAAUGCGGGCGGGUGGAAAUGGCAAGAAAGAUAUUUGAUGAUAUGAAGGAGAAGAAUGUGAAGUCGUGGACUGCUAUGGUUGCUGGCUACGGAAUGCAUGGUUGUGCAAGAGAAGCUCUGGAUGUAUUUUACAAGAUGAUAGAGACUCGGGUCAAACCAAAUUAUAUAACUUUUGUUUCAGUGUUAGCUGCUUGUGGUCAUGCUGGUUUGCUAGAUGAAGGCCGGUAUUGGUUCAAUGCGAUGAAUCAUCAAUUCAAUGUAGAACCUGGGGUUGAGCACUAUAGUUGCAUGGUUGAUCUUUUUGGUCGUGCUGGCUAUCUAAACGAAGCUUAUAAUUUGAUAAAAAAGAUGAAGGUGAAGCCUGAUUUUGUAUUGUGGGGUUCUCUUCUUGCAGCUUGCCGAAUUCACAAAAAUGUGGAACUCGCAGAGAUUUCUGCAAGGGAACUAUUUGAGCUUGAUCCAAAUAACUGUGGGUAUUAUAUCUUACUUUCAAACAUAUAUGCUGAUGCAGGAAGAUGGAGAGAAGUUGAAAGGAUGAGAGUGCAUAUAAAAGAUCACGGACUAGUUAAACCACCGGGAUUCAGUUUGGUUGAACUCAAGGGUAGAGUGCAUGUAUUCUUGGUUGGAGAUAAAGAGCAUCCCCAGAUUGAGAAAAUCUACAGGUUUUUGGAGGAACUAAUAGUGAAACUUCAGCAAUCUGGCUAUUUACCUAAUAUGUCAUCGGUACUUCAUGAUGUCGAUGAGGAAGAAAAGGAAAUGACCCUACGAGUUCAUAGCGAGAAAUUGGCAGUUGCCUAUGGAGUUAUGGAUUCGUUUCCUGGUUCAACCAUUCACAUCCUUAAAAAUCUUAGGGUUUGUGGCGACUGUCACACUGUGAUUAAGCUAAUUACGAAGGUUGUCGAUAGGGAAAUUGUUGUAAGAGACUCGAAACGUUUUCAUCACUUCAAGAAUGGUUUGUGUUCAUGUGGAGAUUAUUGGUAACAUCUAUUGAAGCAAUUCUAUAUGCAUUAUAAAAUACGGAGUCAUUGUUAUCAUGAUGAAGUAUACGAAAAAGCUUUCGUGUUGAGGAUUUGAAGUUACGAACAACCUAUAUCGAAGAGCUUACCAGAGAACAUUCUUUUUAGUUUUGACAUUUGCUUACCUUUGCCGCCGCUUUUUGAGCAUCUCAUACAAGUUUGGAGUUCUCUGUUUUCCCCCUUGAGAUGUUUUAUCUGUGACCGGAGCCUGUUAAUUGUGAUUUUCUUCUCAAUAUUUCGCUUGGCCAGCUCAGCUUGUUGCUGCAGAUUAUCCUCCAUGAGCUUUGUAACUUGAGAGUUGAGAUCAGACCAUGUAUUCCCCUGCUCAGAAUCAUCUUCUCGGAUAUCACCUGCUGUAUCCUGAUGCCGAGUCAAGCUGUAAUCAUGGUCUGUCAAUUCUUUUUCCAGCUGCUUCAGGUAUUCAAAUUCAAUGUCCGUGUCGGGUUCUCCAAAAAUUGCAUUCAGACAAGAACCAGAAAUCUCCAGUUUACGAUCACCACAACUUUCGACAAUUUUUUUACUAGUGUUCGAAGAUGAAGGUACUGAUCCUGAUCCUAAUCCUGACCCCGAAUCAGAUUCAGGAUCUAAUUUUGACAUCAAGCCAUCAUAUUUUUCAGCUAAAGAACAGUAUUCAUUAUUAAAUUCUUCAAGCAUUUGUAAAA